AUGUCAACAGAGUCUAAAUUCUACGGUGGGAUCGUGUCAUAUGAUAUCCACACUUAUUGGAACAAUAACAUUGACGCCGAGAGAAAAUUCGCCUACGAAUUGAGAGAAAAAGUCCUCAAGGAUUUCGCUGACGAAAUUAGUAAAGGUGAGAUUCGUGUACACCAAUUCUGGGAAAAGCCAAUUGGGCCGCACCCAGUCAACAUGUGGGAAUUGGAUUUUAAAAGUCCAGAGAUAUUCAAAGUUAUUGUUCCUUACUUUCAAUUGAAUCACGGUAACCUCUCAGUGUUGAUCCAUCCAAGAAGCGAUAAGGGUGAUCUCAAAGAUCACACGGACCAUGCAUUAUGGCUUGGACAUAAGGUUAGAUUAGCAACUAGUUUACUUAAGGAUUGA